GCAUAAACAUCAUCAGCAUGCCAUCGCUGAUUACUACCUCAAAUCCAAAAGUCAAACCCCCUUGUCAAGAUUUCCAACACCCAAUCAAUCCAAUCCAUACACAUAUAUAACCAAAUUCUUAGAUCUCAAUCAAACCCAUUUCAUUCAUUCACAAAUUUCCUCCAUCAAAAUGCAAACUCAACCAGUAUUACACCGUCUUUCUCACAUGGUAUCAGAGCAUCCAACCGUUAUCGGAUUCCGCUGGAGCCACGUCCAAUCAUGGGGCGCCACGUGGGCCUUCCUAUUCUCCUCCAUCUCCUUCUACUUCACCCUUUCCACCACCCUCCACGUCAUCCUCCUCCUCUUCCGCCACCGCUCCCGCCCCGUCCCCGUGGGCCCCAUCCCCGCCGUCCACAGCCUCAUUAUGUCCGUCGUCUCCGCCACCAUACUCGCCGGAACCCUCACCUCCGCGGCCGCAGAGAUCCGUGACACUCGUUGGCUCUGGGGCCGCUCCAAAACAACUAUACAUUGGCUACUAUGUUUCCCACUUGGCACGCGCUCAUCUGGGCGCGUGUUUUUUUGGUCAUAUGCUUUUUACCUGUCACGUUACCUUCACGUGAUGCGUACCUUUUUUACUAUCCUACGAAAGCGUAGGCUUUCCCUAUUUCACCUCUUUGUAAAUUCUAUACCAAUUAUGAUGUCAUUUCUCUGGCUGGAAUUUUCGCAGUCGUUUCAAGUACUACAGAUCGUUUUCAUAGCUUUCACGGAUUCAGUUGUGUAUGGAUACCGGUUUUGGAUCGAAUUCGGGUUACCAACGGCUUCGUUUCCAUUGGUGGCCAAUAUUCAGAUGAUGUUGUUGGUUUUGAAUUUUAUUUGUCAUUGUGGGGUGUUGUUUUUGCAAGUGUGGGGUGGUGGGUGCAAUGGAAUUGGGGCUUGGGUGUUUAACUCGGUUAUUAAUGGGGCUUUCUUGUUCAUGUUCUUGAAUUCGUUCGUUAGAAUGCGUUGGAUUCGUCGAAAGGCGUUGGAGUCGAUGAGCACAAAUGGUAAAAUCGAUUAAUUUAGGGUUAUCGAAUAUGGUAUUCUUUGGUUACAUGGGUCGAGGAUGAGGAGGAUCGGACAAUCUUUGAACAUGUAUAACUUAUGAAUAUAUGUAGAGAUAGCAUUGGGUGCGAUCAAAGUAAUAUCUUUUGUAUAGUUGAGAAAUAGGGAUUGUUUGUAUUUUUUAACGUCAAACAAGAUCAUCAAAGUGUUGAUUUAAUGAUAACUUUUUAACAAUUA